AUGGUUUUCUUAACGACAUUGGUUUCAAAAAGUGUGUGUCCGGGCAUGGUGUUUGUGAAAUCGGGUGCAAGCGAAGGAGUAAUCAUACUUUGUCUAUAUGUGGAUGAUUUGUUGAUUACUGGAAGUUGUGAAAAGUACAUUUCAAGCUUCAAAGAAGAGCUUAUGAAGGAGUUUGAAAUGAGUGACCUUGGGUAUGUGAAGUACUUCUUAGGCAUAGAGUUCCAAAAGACAAAGUUGGGGCUGCUCAUGCAUCAAAGUAGGUAUGCUUUGGAGAUCUUAAAGAGGUGUGAUAUGGAGCAUUGUAAUGCUUCCAUAACUCCAGCCGAGGCACGGUCACAACUAUCCAAAAGCGAGGAAGAGCAAGAUGUGGAUCCGACUCAAUACCGGAGAUUGAUUGGAUCAUUGCGUUAUUUGUGCAAUACGCGACCAGAUUUAGCAUUUAGUGUCGGUAUUGCUAGUAGGUUCAUGGAGAGGCCAAAGGUAUCACACUUGGCAGCGGUUAAGAGGAUCCUUCGUUAUGUGAAAGGUACUCUUGACUGUGGAAUUUUGUUUCCGGCAAGUGACGCGGGCAGAAGGUGCAAUUUACUUGGAUACACCGACUCCAAUUGGUGCGGAGAUAAAGAUGAUCGAAAGUCUACGGCUGGUUAUGUCUUUAUGUUCGGCGGAGCACCAAUCUCUUGGUGUUCUAAAAAGGAGUCGGUGGUUGCUCUCUCUUCUUGCGAGGCGGAGUACAUUGCAGCGUCAUUGUGUGCAUGCCAAGUUGUGUGGCUUGUGAACUUACUGCGUGAGCUGGACAGCAGCACGAGAGAAGCUGUUUUGUUGUUGGUGGACAAUGUUUCAGCCAUCAAUCUUGCUAAGAAUCCCAUAGCACAUGGGAGGAGCAAGCACAUUGAGAUGAGAUUCUAUUACUUGCGAGAUUUAGUGAGUUCUGGACAGUUACGUUUGAGCUACUGCAGAAGUGAAGAACAAGUCGCGGACUUGUUGACGAAAGCUGUUACGAAUGAUGUUUUCAAGCGACUCGUGGUGAGGUUGGGCAUGAAGAACAUUGGGCAUUUGACUUAA